UUCUGCAUAUUGGUCAUGUCUUUACAUCUGUAUGUCUUUCUCUGCUGGUUUCUCUUCCUUUUUCCCAGUUGGGUGGGGGCGUCGAUGUUUGCCAUGUGCCAACCAGAAUUCCCCCUCCCUCUGCAGUUCAAUGAGGCCAAGGGAAAUUCGCAGCAGGAUGUGAUCUACCCUAGCAAACAGGACUGCCCUCCAGACAAGAACCUCAACUUCAUGGAUGAGGAGUCCUAUGACAGCAACGAAAACUGGAGUCAACCCAUAUCAAAGUUGCCAAUGCAGGAGGAAUGGGAGCAGUGGAGUGACAAUGAGGUAGAGAAGGCAUCUGAGAAUCUGACUGAUCUAGUGCACCGGCAGAAGGCAAAGAGCAGCUCUAGAGACAUUCCUCAGGACCCGAAGUCCAAUGACAGGUUCCUGGGCUUAGAGGAGGAGAAGGAAGGACAAGAGGAGGAUGUCCGUAGACCACCUGAAGGUGCUGAGGUCAGGAGCUCAGAAGAAGAGACCAACAGCCAGGUGAAGGUAAAAGGAAGAGGGAAUCUGGCCAGCUCCCCUGUAGAAGACAAUGGUUAUUCCAGCAGUUCGCUGAGCAUUGAUAGCCCUGAGAGUGGAGUCACGAAUGCUUGGAAGACACCCGCUGUCACUGCUGAGGGCUGGACAUGUAAUGCUGAGCAGCAAGCAUCCCAUGUCGACUUUGACAACUCUUCCUCUAGUUCUGAGACCUUCUUCCCGGCACUGACAGAUGCUUUCUGGGACCUGCAGGAGAAGAAGAGGUUCAAAGAGUGGGAGAAACAAAAACAUCACACCCACUUAGUGAUGUACCGCCGCCUGGCUUUGCUCCGCUGGAUUCGUAGCCUCCAGCAGAAGGUUGUUGACCAGCAAAAUCGGCUGCAGGAGAGCUUUGACACUAUCCUGGACAACCGCAAAGAACUUAUCCGAUGUGCCCAGCAAGGCACAGUGUACACCAAAACCCCAGUUCAGAAAGAAUGGUAAAGGACAGCUCUCCCCUCUCCUCCACCUCUUGAUUUCUUAGCUUGGCCUCCCACCUAAAGGUCAUCAGGAUCACAGCUUGCUUGCAAU